CGACGCGUCCCCUCCACACGGCGACUGGGUGGUGGGGGAGGGAGGCGGGUAGUGGGCUUUAGCGCCUUUUCUGGCGGCGGUAGAUUUGAAGCGCUCCGCAGGACCGGGCCCAGCAGGAGGAGACCGUGCGGGUGCAGGGCUGAAAGGAUUGGAUGAUUUUGUCCUUGAUUUUUCUCUAUUUAAAGAUUGAAAUAUUGGAGCCAUGGGAAUAAAGGUUCAACGUCCUCGAUGUUUUUUUGACAUCGCCAUUAAUAAUCAACCGGCUGGAAGAGUUGUCUUUGAAUUAUUUUCUGAUGUGUGUCCCAAAACAUGCGAGAACUUCCGUUGUCUUUGUACAGGUGAAAAGGGAACAGGGAAAUCAACUCAGAAGCCAUUGCAUUAUAAGAGUUGUCUCUUUCACAGAGUUGUCAAAGAUUUUAUGGUUCAGGGUGGUGACUUCAGUGAAGGAAAUGGACGAGGAGGGGAAUCCAUUUAUGGAGGAUUUUUUGAAGAUGAGAGUUUUGCUGUUAAACACAACAAAGAAUUUCUCUUGUCAAUGGCCAACAGAGGGAAGGAUACAAAUGGUUCUCAGUUUUUCAUAACAACAAAACCAACUCCUCAUUUAGAUGGGCAUCAUGUUGUUUUUGGGCAAGUGAUUUCUGGUCAAGAAGUUGUGAGGGAGAUAGAAAAUCAGAAAACAGAUGCAGCUAGCAAACCAUUUGCUGAGGUGCGGAUACUCAGUUGUGGAGAGCUAAUUCCCAAAUCUAAAGCUAAGAAAGAAGAAAAGAAAAGGCAUAAAUCCUCCUCCUCAUCAUCAUCGAGUGACUCAGAUAGCUCAAGUGAUUCUCAAUCCUCUUCUGAUUCUUCUGAUUCUGAAAGUGCUUCUGAAGAGAAAUCAAAAAAAAGAAAAAAGAAACAUAGGAAAAAUUCCCGAAAACACAAGAAAGAAAAGAAGAAGCGAAAGAAAAGCAAGAAAAGCGCAUCUAGUGGAAGUGAGGCUGAAAAUCUUGAUGCACAACCCCAGUCUACUGUCCGUCCAGAAGAGAUCCCUCCUAUACCUGAAAAUAGAUUUCUAAUGAGAAAAAGUCCUCCUAGAGCUGAUGAGAAAGAAAGGAAAAACAGAGAAAGAGAGAGAGAGAGAGAAUGUAAUCCACUUAAUUCCCAGCCUGCUUCAUACCAGAGGCGACUUUUAGUUACUAGGUCUGGCAGGAAAAUUAAAGGAAGAGGACCAAGGCGUUAUCGAACUCCAUCUAGAUCCAGAUCAAGGGAUCGUUUCAGACGGAGUGAGACUCCUCCACAUUGGAGGCAAGAGAUGCAAAGAGCUCAAAGAAUGAGAGUAUCAAGUGGUGAAAGAUGGAUCAAAGGGGAUAAGAGUGAGUUAAAUGAAGUAAAAGAAAAUCAAAGAAGCCCAGUUAGAGUAAAAGAGAAGAAAAUAACUGAUCUCAGGCAUGUGUCUGAGAGUCCAAACAGAAAAAGUGAAAAGGAAAAGAAAAUUAAAGACCAUAAAUCUAACAGCAAAGAGAGAGACGUCAGAAGAAAUUCAGAGAAAGAUGAUAAGUAUAAUAAAAACAAGGUGAAGAAAAGGGCCAAAUCUAAAAGUAGGAGUAAAAGCAAAGAGAAAUCAAAGAGUAAGGAAAGGGAUACAAAGCAUAAUAGACAUGAAGAAAAGAGGAUGAGGUCAAGGAGUAAAGAAAAGGAUCAUGAGAAUACAAAAGAAAAAGAAAAGUCCGAUUCUAAAGGCAAAGAUCAGGAAAGGAGUAGAAGUAAAGAGAAGUCUAAACAGUUAGAAUCAAAAAGUAAUGAGCAUGAUCAUAAUAAAAGUAAGGAAAAGGAUAGGCGUGCACAGUCUAGAAGCAGAGAACGUGAUACAACUAAAGGCAAACACAGUUACAAUAGUAGGACAAGGGAACGAAGCAGAAGUAGAGACAGGAGCAGAAGAGUGCGAUCCAGAAGCCAUGACCGUGAUCGUAGCAGAAGCAAGGAGUACCAUAGAUACAGAGAGCAGGAGUACAGGAGAAGAGGAAGGUCACGGAGCCGAGAGAGAAGAGCUACACCAGGACGAUCGAGAAGUAAAGAUAGAAAGAGAAGGAGAAGAGAUUCAAGGAGCUCAGAGAGAGAAGAAAGUCAAAGCAGGAACAAAGAAAAAUAUAGAAACCAAGAAGGUAAGAGUUCACACAGAAAAGAAAAUUCUGAGGGUGAGAGGAGAAUGCACUCUAAAAAUCGUGAUCAUAAUAGUUCAAAUGAUAACAGGGAUAAAAAGGCUGAUAGAGAUCAAAGUCCAUUCCCAAAAGUAAAACAAAGUAGUCAGGACAAUGAAUUAAAGUUCUCCACAUUAAAGCAUAAGGAGGAUGAGAAGACCAGAUCCUCAGUGGAAAAAGAAAACCAAAAAUCAAAGGGUCAAGAAAAUGACCAUGCACAUGAUAAAAAUAAAAAAUUUGAUCAUGAAUCAAGCCCUGGAACAGAUGAAGACAAAAGUGGAUGAGUGAGUUGUAUAAACUUAUUUCCAUUCUGUCUCAAAUUUUAAGUUUUAAAGACUUGCUGAUGAAUCUCCUUUAUGUUUCUCUCAUUGUUUUGGGUUGUUUAUGUUUGUCCUUUUUUUUUUUUUUUUUUUUUUUAAACAUGGACUUUAUUGAGUUGAUCUUUUGAUAAUCUGCAAGCUGGAUAAUUUGUACUGCUAAAGUUUUAAUAAACUUGAAAUGAGAAAAAUACUUCGGUGUAAUACUGUGUGCUGUGUUUCACUAUUUCAUGUAUACAUUUUUGUGUUGCAACAAUCAGCCAAUAGCAAACAUGCUAUCCCUUAAUUUGUGUGAUCAGCCAUUUGAAAACAAAUAUAACUGAUUGUUGGAAUACAUUGUUACAAAAGCUUGUGUUACUCAUGAUCAAAGUAACUUUAGAAGCCACUUGAUAGAAGAAAUCUUACAAAGAUUUUCUGAUUGGAUUUAUGAUAGAGGCUUAUAGCAAUUUUUAUGCAGAAAUAGGAUCCUAAUAACUUGAGAUCUUAAGGCAUUACUUUUGUUAUAGUAAUUUGUGCUUUAAAAUAGCUAUUUAGUUCUUUAUAUAGUACUUCAUAUGCUAUUCUUUAUAGUUCCACUCAUAGCUUGUUUCAUGAUAUUUUUCAUGUCAAGUUCUGUUUUACUUAAUUGUCUAAAAAUAGUUGAGUAUUUUUUCAGUUGAUGUACUGAUUAAGCUUGACUUGCUGUUAUAUUACAGCAUCUGACAAGUAAUCCUGGAAGAUCAGACUAUGAUUCUCAGUCUAUGUUGCUUUCAUUUGCUUUUAGAGAACCUUGUUUUAUUAUCUACUUUUCUCACUAAAGCAUAUACCACUUGUGCAACUCUUAAGUUUAAUUCUAAAAGUUGUUAGUAUUGACAAGACUUCUCUUUUUUGGCCACUGACCUAUAUAGAGUUGAGUGUUAAUUCUGCAUGUUUUAUUUGUGUGUGUGUGUGUGUGUGUGUGUGUGUGUGUGUGUGUGUGUGUGUGUGUGUAACUUAAACUGCACUAAUUCUCAUAGCUGUUUCAAAUGGCAAGAAAAUAUCUCUUUUUAAUAUAUGUAUCACCUUAGGCUAUAGCAUGUUUAUGACUGGUUUCUUUCUAUUCAGAUGGUUUAUACCAUUACUGUUAACAUUAUUUUAACUGGGCAUGUAUAACAUUGCCACUUAGAGUAGAAAAUUGCAAAAUUUGAUAGCUAACAGAGUUAAACACUAAAGGUAUCUAAAGUCCAUUUAGAAUUUUAUGUGUUGUACAUUGCUAUAUUUGUGAUGUGUGGCCUUUUAUUCUGUAAUUUCUAAAUAAAAUACUGAACAUCCAGCAAACACAAAACCUGCCUCAUUUGAAAAGAAAUUUCAGAAUUCCAAUUAAUAGUAACUUCUAGAGUGUUUUGUACUUUAAUAUUUGUCAAUAUAGUGUCAACUCUAUUACCAAGGCAGUCUCUUGGUAAACCCAAUAGUUAGUCAAUGCUGUUAGUACUAAAUAAAACAGUGCUUAACAUAAUAUGAUUAAUACAUUGAUACGUUUGGCAUUAUGGUAGUAGCUGUUUACAUAAUGAGUAAUAGGGUAAUGAUUAUAUGAUUGUUUGGAAUUCCUUGAAACAAAUAUCCACAGUGGAGUCAUUUCUAAGUAUUUUCCUUGAUUAUAAAAGUAAUAGAAGUUUAUGAUAAUUCAGGGUGGUUGAUUCCUUUGAAACUUUUGAACACACACCCACAUUAGGGUAAUUGAGUCUUGAGUGUAUAACCUCUUACAUAUUUUAAAUUAGUUACUGUUUAUUUUAAAUUCAGUAAAUUGCAUUUUUAAAAUCUUUGUUAUAUACUUUUUGCACAUCAACAAAGAUGCUAUUUAAGAAAGGAUUUCUAAUCAAGUUCUAUUUUUUAAAAAAAGCCAUGAUAAGGAAACAUAAUUCUGUAUUGUCUGAUCCCAGAGCUUUAUCUACUGAGAAUUAUAGGCAAGUACCAAUAGGGGGGAAAUUUAGUAAUUUCUGUAAGUAGUCUUUUAUUUUGGUUAUCAGAAGACCAACUCCAUGCUAAGCCUUUAAAAAAAAAAAAAGCUUUAUAAGCUGUUUUAACAAUAGAACAGAUUUUGGCAAAGGAGAUGAUAGGUGUCAGUCAGGUAGGUUUUAUAUUCAGAAUGUAAAGAACAUUUAGAAAAUGACUAAAUAGCAUUUAUUGUACCUCAAGUCUUCCUUUGCAUCUGAAUAGCACACAGCUCAAAUGGUCCUUUCCUCCUACUAACAUUUUUAAUAGUUGUACGGCCUUUAGUUAUUACUUUGAACACACUCAGUUUUCCUAAAAGUCAGCUAUUUAAUACCUUCUUGUCAUUUUAUAGUUAUGUCUGAGCUUACAGUUUACCUUUAAGAAUCUUUUUAAAUGUAUAUAAUUAAUUCCAGAGAGGAAGGGAGAGGGAGAGAAGAGAGAGAAACAUCAAUGAUGAGAGAUAAUCAUUGAUCAGCUUCCUCCUACACGCCCCCUACUGGGGAUUUAGUCCACAAACCGGGCAUGUGCCCUGACCAGGAAUCGAACAGUGACCUCCUGGUUCAUAGGUCAAUGCUCAACCACUGAGGCACACCAGCUGGGAACCUCUAAGUAUCUUUGACUUAAUAUUCUCUUAAAGAUAUUUAAAUAAGUUUGUCUAUCUUGCCUGGCUCAAUAUCAGAAAUUUUUCAUGAUUAUUAUUUCAAGUGAACACUUUUUCUGGAUAAACCAUCUUCCACAGAAACUGACACAACAGAGUGAUUGAUUCUAAAUGAGCAGUAGAGGAGCUGCUUGAUUGCUUUAAAAUAUUUAAAAUUAUACAGUUAGAGAAUUCAUAACAUUGUAGUUCCUUAAAGCCUUCACAGAAUUUUUAAAGAAUUUGACUGAUAAAUCAUCUGCACAAGUGUGAUAUUGAUUCAUAUUGGCUUUAUUGAAUUGCUUUUGAUUCUUGUACCCAGUGAUAGAUAGGAAACUGAAAAGUAAAAAUUUCUUAAUGUUAAGGACAGGAACACAUUGGGUUUCUGGUAUUUUGAGUAUGGUAUUAACUGACAAUUCUAAUUUGUUUUCACGUUAGUAUGUUUUUUAUAAGUAGUUCAUUGUGCUUCACCCUAAGUGGCAAUUUUUUUAAAUCAUACUUUGAGCCUUUAAUAAAUUUGUAUAGAAACUUGUUCCGUUUACCUUCACCAGAAGGUACUUUAAAUAUACACCAUAUAGAUGAUUGUUAUAGAGAAACAAAAGUCAUAUUUUUCUGUCACCUUUGGACAUGUUUACUAUAAUUACUCAGUUUAGUUUUCAUGCAUUUAGAAUUGAAUGGAGUCUCCAAGGAUUGUAGUUUUAUAACCGGUUUAUCGUGAAAAUGUGUUUUGUUAUAAAUACUUGUUUGAAAGUAAACUCCAGGAAAUACAGCACUGGCUGACUCCUGCCUGUAGUGGCCUUUCCAGCUGCCUUUAAAGGAUUCAGGCACAGGCAAACUCUGGGCUGGGCUAUGACACAAAGUCAAUAUUAAAGGAAAAGAAAAAUCACAUAAAUUUUUAAAAUUCCAUCAGCAAGGUAGGAAAAGGGAUUUGUUGAGGCACAGGAGGGAGUGGUGGGGCUGACCUGUGUUUCCCCACCCCUUUUCUUCUUAAAGGAAAUUCCUGUUUACCAAUGUGUAUUUUCUUCCCCUUUGAGUGUUUAUAGUAUUUUGAAGGAUCAAUACGUGAAUUGGGCAUUUGUAUGUGGGGAUGUUAAAAGUUGUGGCUGCUCUCAUUGUGGAAGGGAAAAACCAAGUUAAAGCACUUCUUUUCCUAGUUCAAAGUCACUGUGAUGUAUAUUUUUUUAAUGAAAUUUAGGAAUAAAGCUCUUGUUACAAUUGUAAAAUGUUUGACAAUGCUGCUUCUCUUAUCAUUAGUCUAGUAACUGUUAAAUUGUUUUCUGCAAACUGCAUUUUAUGGAAUUUAAACUCUGAAACUAUCAAUUUUUAUAGUUUGUAUUAAAUAAACUAUACUAUAAUAAAUAGUUUGUUUUUCUGUUUUUAAAUUUGUUUAUUUAACCUUUAUUUUAUUAAAAGCUAAAUAAUGGAAAUAAAUGAACUAAAAUACAAUUUUAUUUUACCCAUGGAGAUAUAGAAUUUGUAUUGGGGGGGG